CCCGUCUCAGCCUCCCAAUAGAGCUGGGGUUACAGGCAUGAGCUACGGCGCCCAGCCAGCGCCAACACUGUUGAGUGCAUACUCCUCUAGCUUUAAACAUACCGCCUAAAUACUGUAACCCGUGCCGAGCUGAAAGUGACUGCACAUGCGCACACGCCAAGCCCAACUUGGACGCAGGGCAGUGCCAGCCACGUGUUCCCAGGUGCCAACGCGGGCCAAGCGCGAAGGCGAGAUCUGGGCAGCGUGGACAGGCACUAGCUAAUAAGAACGGGCUCUUGCCGAGUCACAAGACUAGAUCUAGAAAACUACAUUUCCCAGAAGGAGCCUGCGGUGUCUGCCUUUGCUGGAUGACGUACAUCCGGAAGAUCGGCUCCGGAAAGGUUGCUUAGAGGAAGUAGGCGGUUCUAAACCACCAGCGGCUAGGCCUGUUUCCGGUAGGAUCAGUGGACGGCGGCAGAGGGAGUGCGGAACCGGCGUUGUCCAGUGAGCUUUUCCAAGGCUGUACAGACAUGGCGGCGGCUUUUCGGAAGGCCGCUAAGUCCCGGCAGCGGGAACACCGAGAGCGAAGCCAGCCUGGCUUUCGAAAACAUCUGGGCCUGCUGGAGAAAAAGAAAGAUUACAAACUUCGUGCAGAUGACUACCGUAAAAAACAAGAAUACCUCAGAGCUCUCCGGAAGAAGGCUCUUGAAAAAAAUCCAGAUGAAUUCUACUACAAAAUGACUCGGGUUAAACUCCAGGAUGGAGUACAUGUUAUUAAGCAGACUAAGGAAGAGGUAACUCCAGAACAACUAAAGCUGAUGAGAACUCAGGAUGUCAAAUAUAUAGAAAUGAAAAGGGUUGCAGAAGCUAAGAAAAUUGAAAGACUAAAAUCAGAGCUCCAUCUGCUGGAUUUCCAGGGGAAGCAACAGAGCAAGCAUGUGUUCUUUUUUGACACCAAAAAGGAAGUUGAACAGUUUGAUGUUGCAACUCACCUGCAAACAGCCCCGGAACUAGUCGACAGAGUCUUUAAUAGGCCCAGGAUAGAGACCUUGCAGAAGGAAAAAGUGAAAGGAGUUACCCAUCAGACUGGACUUAAGCGAAUAGCUAAAGAAAGGCAAAAGCAAUAUAACUGCCUGACACAGCGGAUUGAACGAGAGAAGAAAUUGUUCGUUAUUGCUCAGAAAAUUCAAACACGCAAAGAUCUUCUGGAUAAAACUCAGAAAGUGAAGGUGAAGAAAGAAACAGUGAACUCUCCAGCUAUUUAUAAAUUUCAGAGCCGUCGAAAACGUUGACAUGUUAUAGAUAAGCCUUGUCAUUCUGCAUCAAAAAUCUAUUGUCUUUUUCUAGUAACUUCAAAUUCCAUUAGCCCAAAUGGCACGGUUUUCCGGUUUGUAACCAUAACUAAAUUGUCAGUCUGGUAUUAACGUCUUUCUAUGGACAACAUUAAAUCUCCAUCCCUUCUGUAAUUAUU